AACCUGAACUCAGCUUUAUGGCUCAAAUGCAUACAGCAGUAGAGCACACUCCAGCAUUGACUAAGUUCCUACUUGUCUUUUUCCUCCUUUCCCUUUUUAAAAAACAAAGAUUUUGGUGAGAAAAUGACUAGCGGAAAAAUUAGAGACUAUGACAGCAUUGCAUCUUUUCUUGGAUCUUGGGGACCCUUUCAGCGAAGGAUUUUUUUAGCACUGGCCAUUAGCAUCUUCCCGAAUGGGUUUAUUGGUAUCUAUAUUGUAUUUGUGGCUGAUACCCCACCUCACGAGUGCUAUAUCCCCGAAGACUACAGUAUCAGUGAGAUAUGGAGAAAUGUGACAAUCCCUCUGGAAACAGUCAAUGGCAUCGAAAAGCGCAGCUCUUGCUCAAGGCUUAACCUGGAAAUCGUCAGGAACUACUCUCAGCAUGAAUUCCUCCCGAACAUCGAUGUGAAUGUAAGUGAAAUUCCUUUGGAGGGUUGUCUGAAUGGGUGGACGUACAGCAAGGACAUCUACCAGUCAACUAUUGUCACAGAGUGGGACUUGGUAUGUGACAAUGGAUACAAAACUCCCCUGACCACCUCUAUCCACUACAUUGGUGUGCUGAUGGGAGCGUUUAUCUCAGGCCAGAUGUCUGACAGGUAUGGACGGAGGCCGGCACUCUUUCUCAUGAUGUUUCUUCAGACUGUUUCAAUCACAGCACAGAUAUUCUCCCCGAACUGGGAGGUCUUCACUCUUAUUUUCUUCUUUGCGGGGGCAGGAGGAUUCUCCAACUAUACCAUUGCAUUUGUGCUGGGUACAGAAACUCUAAGCCCAAAAGCCCGAGUGGUCUUCUGCUCCCUUGGGGUUUUCAUGAGCUCUGCUUUGGGGUACAUGGCAAUGCCAGCUGUGGCUUACUUUCUCCGUGAUUGGCGGUUGCUGUUGAUUCCCAUGGCUGCCUCUGGCCUGAUCUACAUCCCCCUGUGGUGGUUAGUCCCCGAGUCUCCUCGCUGGCUGCUCUAUCAGGGAAGAGUGAAGGAGGCUGAAGCCGCACUGAGAAACGCGGCCAAGGCAAAUAAAACAGAGGCUCCAGAGACCAUUUUUACACAAGCUGAGAUCGAAGAUGCACUGGCUAUGAAAGACAAGAAAUAUAACAUUUUGGCUAUUCUAAGCAGCUGCAAUACUUUCUCCAUCACAUUAGUGUGUGCACUUCUGUGGGUCAUCGUCACCAUUAGUUACUAUGCCUUAAUCCUCAACACUUCCAACCUGCACGGCAAUCCGUACAUAAACUGCUUCCUGUCUGCUGUGACAGAAGUGCCGGCUUACAUAAUUGCCCUGUUACUGCUCCAGUUCUGCUCCAGGCACUUCUGCCAGUCCUCUACACUUUUCGUUGGAGGCAUUAUGAUCCUGUGUGUUCACCUCAUUCCAAUAGGUUUACCAGGUGUCGCUGUGUUUCUUGAGAUGUUGGGGAAGUUUGGCAUCACAUCCUCUUUUUGUGUGGUGUAUGCCGUUUCAUCAGAGCUCUUCCCUACUGUUAUCAGAAAUACAGCCAUGGGGUGUUGUUCCAUGGCUGCUCGUGUUGGAACCAUCAUUUCUCCCUUCAUCAUUUAUCUGGGGCAAUACUACAAGUCACUCCCAUACAUAUUGAUGGGAAGUUUAGCCAUUUGUGGUGCUAUCUUGUGUCUCCUGCUGCCAGAAACAUAUGGGAAGGCUUUACCAGAGACUAUGACACAAAUGCAGCAGAUAUGCAGGAGAAGAAGACAAAAAGGGAAGGCCGCUGAAGACAAAGAGAUCACGGCUGACUGUCAGAAGAAAGAAUCCAAGUUGUAGUUAGUUAUGAUUUUUUGUUUGUAUGUAUUUCUGUUUUGUUCUUUUGCCAAAGGUUCCGUAGACGACAAUAACGGUCUCCCGUUGUAACUAGACUUUUAGAUUUUAAUACCCUUUUUGCAGAUCUAAAUCUGUUUUAUGUAUUAUAUCUAUGUCAAAACUGAAGUUUCUCAGCUCUCUCUUAAAACGUUGUUUCUUAUACAACGUUUUUAAUAUUUUUGGACUGCGGAUCAGAAUAAUACAAAAUCCAUAUGAACAUGAUAGCAUUAAACAGGAGGACUUGACAGCACAAGUUGUAGGGGUUAGAUGUCGAAGGAAAAAGGGAAAACAAGGUGACCAUAUGCAUGCUGAUGCUGUCUAUUUCCUGACUUUUGCAUAUUCUCAUGAAUAUCUGAGAAAGCAAAAACAAUAGCUUUUUUCCUUGAAGUUUUCAGGUGUAAAUUCCGACAACCAGAUGCAGCUCUCAGCAAAAGUUAAAAAUAUAUCCAAAUCCAAGGAAAGGGAGGCUGGCACCAGGCUGGGACUAGUCUUGACUUGACUAAUCGGACUAGUCCCAGCCUAGUCAAGCGAGCAUGAGCUGAUGAAGCCUCUUGAAUGAGAGGUGAAACGUCUUCAAAGACAAAUAACUAAGUCCAGUUGCAUUCGAUUGA